AUGAAGGUGUUGCGUUGCGGUGAUCGCAGGGCCACAUCUCGAGUUACUGCCCCAGUGUGGAUAUUAUGGAAGAACGGGCACUACACAUACACCAGCCGUCGUCUGAUACGGUCAAUGACAGAUGCCGGCUGCGCUCAGAAUCGUGUUGGUCCCCUAAUGCGAGAUUUUGCACACGCAGCAAAGAUUCUCAUUCAGGGCAGAGUUCCCAGUCGUCGUACAGUUGGACGUGUUCUCAUUGAGGGUGGUGUAAUGGCCAAAAUUCAAUUAGCAUUCGAGAUCCGAAAUAGCCCUAGUAACACCAUCAGUUCGGAUGGCACAUCUGAUCACGGCCUUGAAUACCUGAUACAUUUUAUUGUUGUUUAUGCACCGGAGUCAUACUCUCAUCCUGGUGCUCCACUCCAUCAUCUUAAUCGCAUGGCAGGGUUUGGUUCUAUUCUGAAUAAAUCCAGUGACACCCAGCUGAGUGCAUGGAAACGACUUCUCUCGGACAUGUUUGAUACCCUGGAUCGCUCUCCCCUUGGUCGUCCCGAGGCUCGGCGUUUUUGUGUUACUGAAUUCCUUCGCCACCUGAAAGGGAUGCUGUCCGAUCAUGCGGCAGAUCAGAAGAGACUAUACCGUCUACUUGCUGCAUGGAAGGCUGAGGUCACUCGUGUUGAUCUUGGGUGGAAUGUGAUUCAUGAACUUGAGCUCUUGCAAGUAAUGACACUGUUCUCGGAUAUCCAAGAACAAAUGGUUAAUGCAGUUGGCGGUCAAAGUGCCUGGGACUCUUUGUCACCGUCUGUCCGCGAUGAGCAUAUUUCAUCUGGACUGGACUCACUUGCUUUCAAACUAGGCUCUGAGCUCUACCCUAAUUUGCCAGCCGAUGAGAGGCAUGAGAUGGAGCUGAUGUUUUGGGCGGGCUGCUCUAUGCACAAAGAAUUGAAUGCUGUGAGUGGUGCUGAUCAAGCUAUACAGGCUUACUGGUCCAAGGCAGGUGUCACCGGACCCAUUUUAUUAGCAAACAGAGACAAUGCAGCGACCAUUCGGAUCGCUUCACAAGCUCGCGGUGACACUGUUUCAGCAGAGGCGGCCAGACAUGCUAUUGAUGCCUCUUCUCGUGGUGCAUGCAAGGCCGGUGCUUUAUUUGGUGCAUACUGCAACCACAGCAAUAGCAAAGACGGCGUACAAGACAAUCAUCGGGAUCAUUUCCAGUUUCUGACUGGUAUACCUCGACGCUUCCCCGACACCAGUAACAUCCGUUAUCAGUGUUAUCUUGACUCUUCAUGUGAACUGUUAGCCCGACGCUUCCAGUAUCAAACAUUCCUUGAGCUCAUGCGUGACAGAAAGACUCAUCCUGGGUUCACAAAUCUCGAGCAGAAUUGUUACAACUCCAUUGUUGACAUUCCCACUCUUACAGAAAUGGCGGCACUGGUUGUACUUGGGAAUGCUGUCUGCUACCCCUUCAUGCAUUAUGUUCGUGACCCAGGAUCGGAGAAGCUAAAUGUCCUUAGCCUCGGUCCAAUUCAUACUAAGGUCAAAGCCCAUCUGCGCAAGCUUAUUGCAGAUCCUUCACUUGUACUCAACCCUAAUGCAUCAUGGAAAAUAGGAUGUCUCAAUUCUCGGGAGUGGGAGCAUGAGGAUGCGAUGAAUGCAGUUUGGGAGCUGGCGCCACAAGCACCACAUCUUACUCCAGUAACUGUUCGGUGCCUUCAAGGUGCCCUCGAGACUUGGGAAAGAUUCUCUGAGGAAUUCAAUGAGGGUGGCUUGAUUGCUGGCGCGACAGGUGAAGAGCGAGAAUUGGGUUUCAUGCCAUCCACCAACGAUCACUCUGAG